CCGCUAGGAAGGGCGUGUCUCCAUUAUUUAGGGUGUGGUCAUAAGAUCAUUAUUUAUCUGCUGUUUUAAUGGGUUUCUAUUUCAAUAUUCAACUGCUACAAAUGGAUUUUAAUACCUACAAAUAGAUUAAAAUUACACAACAGGGUGAGAAGAGAGCUGUCUUCUUUUGCCCGACAAAAAUCCUUUUUGUGCCGACGGACAAAGUAUUGGGGGUAGAGCGCCAUCUCCCUUUUGGCAACGCUGAGGACGCUGUGAUGCAGGGUGCCUCGUUAUGAAACAUGUUAGGCCAAAACGUUUCUACUUCGCGCCAAGGAAGUCCGAAUCAUCGCGCUAUACGAAAAUAUCAAAGUUUGAAUCAAAGGAAUGGAGGUAGGAGAUGACAAAGAUUGCACAGAAAAGCCUUUGGAUCACACGCCAAAUAAAGAAAAAGGGACCCAAAAGAAUCGACCACAAAGAAGGUCUAGUGUUGCAACUUCGCAGCAUAGCAGUUCAAUGGAAAAAAAGAGGAACUUCCAUGGUAAACAGAAAAGAAACGAGAAAGUACAAAGAAAGAAGCUUAAAUUCUAUGCAAAAGGAAGGAAAAUUGAUCCUUUGAACUUGAUGGGCAUUUCGCAACUUGAGGGACAGAAUUCCCCCAAAACAGAGUCUCCACUUGUUGGUGAUAGAGGUGUUACAUUUAACCCAGAUAACUUGAGGCCAGUGGAUGUUACAGAUCCUUUAAAGCUUAAUAAUCUAGACGACGAUGUACUUGCAGUAAAAGUAAGUGCUCACAAAAAGAAGCGAAAAAGGAGAAGAAGACGUACAUACAGUGAAAAUGAUAAAGACAUCAGGGUUAUGUUGGAUUCUUUAGGACAAGACAUGGACACAGAAGCCAGCGAAAAUGAGCUGCAGUCACCAGUGAAAACAAAGAAGCUGGAGACUUCAGAUCCAAAUAUCCAACCAGCAUCAGAUGAAGCAGUGGUAGAUUUGAAAGAAGAUGUGGAACAACACAAAGAGGAUACUGGUACAAUGGAGAAGGCAGAUGAAUCUUCUGACAACACAACACUUAAUCACCAAGAAAAGGAAGCUGUGCAGUCUAAACAUCCUGAAAAAAGGAAGCAUCAGAUAAAAAAAGGUGGAUGUCAAGAAGUCAGUGAGGAAGCUAAUAAAAAGCAGAAUAUUCGAUUCCGCGAAAAAGAUAAACGUUUCCAGUAUGGAAACUAUAAUAAAUAUUAUGGAUACAGGAACCCUGAUAUGUCUGAGGAUUACAGAACAGAAUAUAUGAAAAGAGAAUGGUUUGAAGGAAAGGACUGUCUGGAUAUUGGAUGCAAUGUUGGACAUCUGACCUUAUAUAUCACAAGAAAUUUUAGUCCUAAAUCUAUGUUGGGAAUAGAUAUUGAUGAGAGUUUGAUAAAAUCUGCAAGGAAUAAUAUGAGACAUUAUGUUUCAUUGAGUAACCCCCAAGCCCCCAAGCAAUCAGAUUUUCCAAUAUCAUUUCCAAUUUGCCUUGGACCACUUGCUCCACCUGUAUCUACUGAAGACUGCAAAAAGUCAUUUGGAUUCCCUUACAACACAUCCUUUCAAACAGAAAACUAUGUCAACUUUGAAUGGGACAGUAUAUCAAAAAUUGAACAAAAGUAUGAUUUUAUUUUAUGCAUGAGUGUCACCAAAUGGAUUCAAUUAAACUGGGGAGAUGAUGGUGUUAAGAAACUAUUUAAGAAAAUAUUUCUCAGUUUGAAACCUGGUGGAAAAUUAUUACUGGAGCCACAGCCUUGGAGGUCUUAUAGCAAGAAGAAGAAUUUGACACCAACCACAAGAGCAAAUUUCAAUGCAAUAAGAUUUAAGCCAGACCAGUUCAUUCAACACUUACUGUCAAAUGAAGUUGGAUUUGCUACUUCUGAAAAAUUGGGAAUUCCAAAACAUAAGUCCCAAGGUUUCCAGAGACCUAUUUACUUGCUCACAAAAGGCGGAGUAGCUGUCUGAUCUUAUCUCAAGAAUUGGAAGUUCUAAAAACUUCCUUGUUUCAACAUUCACUUAAAGUUUACAACAGGAAUUUUGCUUGCAAGAUGGAGA